AUGUCGGAGCCCGCUCAAUCACCCCCCAAGGAUGCCGAGCAACCUAUUCAAUCACCUGGUGACGACGGGCAAAUGGACGAACAGGAUCACGCCGGCGCUUGGGACUUUGACGGCGUCAAGGAACAAGACAGAUGGUUGCCCAUAGCCAAUGUGGCUCGUAUCAUGAAGAACGCGCUGCCUGACAAUGCCAAGAUUGCCAAGGAAGCAAAAGAGUGCAUGCAGGAGUGUGUUAGUGAAUUCAUCUCUUUCAUCACCAGCGAAGCUUCCGAGAAAUGUCAGCAAGAGAAGCGCAAGACUGUCAACGGCGAGGAUAUACUCUUUGCCAUGACGUCGCUAGGCUUUGAGAACUAUGCCGAGGCGCUCAAGGUCUAUCUUUCAAAGUACCGAGAGCAACAAAAUGCGACCAACCGCGAACGUGCCGCCGAGAACGUUCCAUGGGGCGGCUCUGUAGGCGGUGAGCGACCUGAAAGCUCCGGACCCGGGACUGCUGGUUCCGCCACCGGAGAAUAUGCCGAGGGCGCAGGCAACACGGAGGCAUCGGCCGACCCUAACUACAUGUACACCUCCAGUGGCACUGCGCAUAACGGAUCUGCCCCGGCUGCCGGGUCUGCUGAGGGUUACUAG